UUGGCAACAGGUGUUACCACGGUAACCCGGCUUGUUAUUGUACACAAACGUCAAAUACCAAUUUUAAUUUUCCAAUAUUUGCAAAAAAGUCUGAAAAAAAAUGCGUUCGGUGCCAAAAUGGGCCGACAAAAUCCAAGACAACGAAAAAAAGGGCCAGACGAUUUACGACUUGUGUUUUAAUCCUGAUGGGAGUCAGUUGAUUGUGGCGACCGGUAAUCAUGUCCUAGUUUACGAUACUAGUGACGGUAGCCUAAUUCAGACCCUCAAAGGUCACAAAGAUAAGGUUCAUGCGGUUUCUUAUGCAAAAAACGGGCUUAAAUUUGCAAGUGGUAGUGCAGACAAGACUGUGAUUAUUUGGUCGAGUAAACUUGAAGGGUUACUGAAGUAUAGUCACAGUGACUCGGUUCAGUGUAUUUUAUUUAACCCAUUGUCCCACCAAUUGGCUUCUUGUGCCCUCACUGACUUUGCGUUCUGGAGCUCGGAACAGAAAGCCGUACAAAAGCACAAAACCAAUGUUAAGAUAAACGCCUGUUCGUGGACUAACGACGGGCAGUAUUUGGCUUUGGGGCUCAAUAAUGGGGUUAUUUCAAUCAGGAAUAAACUAGGGGAGGAGAAAGGGAGGAUUGAGCGGCCUAAUAGCCCCGCAAUUUGGGCCCUGUCUUGGAGUACGUGUAAGGAGGACCAGACCGAUGUUUUGUGUGUGGCUGAUUGGAAUAAAACUUUGGCUUUUUACACACUUGGUGGGAAAUUGGUCGGAAAGGAACGAAAUAUCGGUUAUGAGGCCUUGAGGAUUAAUUAUUUCCCCAAAGGGGAGUACAUUUUGAUCAGUGGACUUAACAAAGCUUGUGUGAUGUACACUAAAGAUGGGAUAAGACUUGACGUCAUUGGGGACCAACAAAACGCAUGGGUUUGGUGUUGUGCGGCUCAUCCUUCUGGUAAUUUCGUUGUGAUGGGGUGCCAAGAUGGUACAAUAGCCUACUAUCAAUUAAUCUUCAACACUGUUCAUGGUCUGUACAAGGAACGAUACGCAUUUCGUGAAAACAUGACCGAUGUUAUUAUACAACACUUGAUAACCGAGCAAAAAGUUCGCAUCAAGUGCCGAGAUUUGAUUAAGAAAAUUGCGAUUUAUAAACAUCGACUUGCUGUCCAAUUGCCCGAAAGAGUUGUAAUCUAUGAGUUGUAUUCGAAUGAUGCAAAUGAUAUGCAUUAUCGGGCGAAAGAGAAAAUAACACAAAAAUUGGACUGUAGUCUUUUGGUUGUGUGUACGGAACAUUUGGUUGUUUGUCAGGAGAAGAAAUUACAAAGUAUGUUUUUUUCGGGACAAAAUGAGAAAGAGUGGAAUUUUGAGAGUCCAAUUAGGUAUAUUAAAAUCAUUGGGGGGCCACCGGGCAAGGAGGGAAUGAUUUUGGGGCUUAAAAAUGGACAGGUUUGGGAGGUACAUUUAGACAACAUCCACCCCCUACUCAAGGUGACAGUUAACGGUGGUAUCCGUUGCCUUGACUUGAGCCAGAAAAAAUCCAAAUUGGCUGUAGUUGACGAAACGGGGCUUUUGCAAGUUUUUCACUCAAAAACCGGUGAAUUAUACUACCAAGAACCAGGAACAAACAGUGUGGCUUUCAAUAAUUUAUACGAAGAUAUGGUCGCAUUCAGUGGCAAUAAUUCACUUGCAAUAAAAGUAUUGGAUUUUCCAGCCCAUCGCCAAAAAAUGAUGGGUUUUGUUGUGGGUUUAUCAGGAGCGAAAGUAUUUUGUUUGAAUGGUGCAGCAAUGGUCACACUUGAAUUACCAUUAAGUGCUCCCAUGUAUCAAUAUAUUGAUAAGAAAAUGUUUGAUGAAGCUUACAAAGUUGCUUGUUUAGGUGUGACGGAUGGUGAUUGGGACGAAUUGGGUCAUUCGGCCUUGGAAGCACUCGAAUUUGAAGUUGCAAGACUAGCAUUUAUUAAAUUACAGGAUUUUCAUUAUUUGGAGUUGAUUCAAGACUUGCAAGAGCAACAAAAAAAAGGUGAAACGAAUCGUGAUGCCAUGAUUGGUGAUAUUUAUGCACAUAGAGGCAGAUUAAAAGAGGCAGCAAGGUUGUACCAAAAAGCUGGCCAGGAACAUAAAGCUUUAACCAUGUAUACAGACUUGAGAAUGUUUGAUUUAGCACAAGAAUAUCUCGGGUCGAGUGACAACACUGAUUUGAUUCGCCAAAAAGCCGAUUGGGCUAAAAACAUAAAUGAGCACAAAGCAGCCGCUGAAAUGUACUUAUCAGUCGGUGAUACGCAAUCUGCGAUUGAUAUUUACGGCGAAAAAGGAUGGAUCGAUCAACUUACCGAAUUGGGUCGUCGUCUCGACAAAGCCGAACGUUCGGCUUUAUUAUCAAUUGCCGAACAUUUGAAACGUUUAAAUCAACCUUCAUUCGCGGCUGAAAUUUAUCGCCGAUUGGGCGAUUCAGCUUCGGUUUUAUCCCUUCAUGUCGAGGCAAAAGAAUGGUCUCAAGCCUUUUCUUUAGUUCAGACACAGCCUCAAUAUAAGGCUUUGGUUUACGUACCGUAUGCUCACUGGUUGGCCGAAAACGACAAAUUUGUACAAGCACAAAAAGCGUUUUAUAAGGCCGGAAGGCCGGAUGAGGCUUUUAAAGUUUUACAACAAUUGGUUGAUAAUGCAAUUAGUGAGUGUAGGUUUCAGGAUGCUGGGUAUUACUAUUGGAUUGUUGCGAGACAGUUUCUGGAUUUGGCCAAAGAUGGCACAAACAAUCAGAGCGAAAUGUUGGAAAAUUACGAAAUAAACGAUCGCCUCGCUGGCAUUUAUUACGCUUUUCAUGCCGUCCAUCGAUAUUUAGAGGAGCCUUUUACGUCCUACAUGCCGGAAGCUUUAUUUAAUAUUUCCCGAUUUUUAAUGACUGAGACCAAUCACAACAACAGACCGAAAGGAAUUUCUCUAUUUGCAAUUUUAUACUGUCUCUCGAAACAAGCGCGCAAAUUGGGUGCAAAUAAACUCGCAAAACAGAUUUUAGACCGAAUGCAAACUCUUCGAAUUCCGCAAAAAUUUCAAGAACAAGUCGAAAUUGCAACAAUUGCGGCCCGAGCACGGCCUUAUAGCGAUCCCGAAGAAUUAUUACCGAUGUGUUAUCGUUGCUCGACUUAUAAUCCCUUAGCAAGUGCGAGUAAUAAAUGUGUGAAUUGUGGGCAAAAGUUUGUUCACUCGUACGUCAGUUUUGAAAUUUUGCCUUUGGUCGAGUUUGUCCUACAGGACGGAAUCAGCGAUAUCGAAGCGGUUCGUUUAAUUGAAACGCCGCCUAAUGAUCUCGGAAAAGAGGAAAAUUGGAAACAGGAAAUAUCGGAAUGUCGGGAAACUCUCCAAUUGGAUAUUGACGAAGAGGAUGAAAAAGAUCCGUUUACUGCAAGGCUUGAGAGUGGAUCAGGCGAUACCAAUAAUUUCUCGCCGGUUACAGUCAAUAAAAAAAUUCUUUUAGCAAUGGAUAGUAGUUCGGUUUUGAUUUGUAAAUGGGGGCCUCCUUUACGCUACCAAUUUUUCAAAAAUUUGCUCCCCGAGUUGCAAAUCACAAUGUGCAAUUCGUGUUUUAAGGCGUUUCAUGUUGAUGAUUUUGAGUUACAAUUACUACAAAAGGGUUAUUGUCCCUUUUGUCGGGCUCCGCCCGAAAAUUCGUUAAAUAGUGACUCAGUUGAUGAUUUAUUAGUGUGAGAAAAUAUAAUUGUUGUGGUUUAA